AUGUUUAGAGAUCACGCGACCACCGAUUGUCGCGCGUGGGAGACAGCGACGGAGCCGCCGAGCUGUGUACUCUGCCGCAAGCAGGGACACACGGCCAACUACCGUGGAUGCCCCAAGGCUCCACGGAAGCGCCCGGCAAACGCGCCCCCUAAAACCGCUGGCCCAAAGACUUCGGCGCCCCGCGCGCCGAAACCGGCUUUCGUACCGGCUCCGGUGCCCACCGUCUCCGCGUGGGCGAAACCGUUGCCGUUCACGAAGGCAGGAACGACACCGGCACCCCAACCGCGGUACGCGCCGCAACCUCUACUCGCGCCGCGCCCCGCCCCCGCGCCCGCGCCCGGUCCCGCGCCUCGCCCCGGCCCCGCGCACUCAAACGCAUUACUAAUUAUUCCCGCGCGACUACCAUCGCUCGACGAUAAACAUCUCCGACCGCAUGCGUGCGUUCGCCGGGACGCCAUGCGCAGAGCGGUCCACGGCCGAAGGACCGCCUAA